UUUAAGGCUGUUGAUAAAUUCUGGGUUUUAGACUUUUGAGUGCCAGCCACUGAGCUUGGUCGUCAUGAGAACGCAGGUGUUGUGUUUCGUGGGGCUUUUGGGCCUGGCGACGACUCAGGCGUACUACGCGAUCCAGUCGGACAACGGCCUGUGGCGCGGCCAGUGGGGCUUCGAGGACUUCUGCUCCAACAGCGGCGGCAACCUCACCGGAGACUCGGAGCGCGAGGCGACCUUCGCCAGCGCGUUCGACUUCAAGUUCGAGACGACCAACCACAUCGACAACACGGCGGGCAACGCAGUCAAGCUCUACUGCAGCGACCACUCCGGCCACAUCAUAGACUAUGUCUCGAGCCUCGAGGGAAACUACGGGACGUGGCAGGGGCUCCGGUCCUGCGCCCCAGGGCACUACAUAACGGGGUUCCGGCAGCGCGUGCUGGAGUCGCAGGGCACCUUCGGCGACGACUGGGGCGUGGACAACGUCCAGGUGCAGUGCGACGACGGCACCGUGCUGGACGGCAUGGACGGCGUGCCGCCGGCGCUGCAGGAGGCCCCGGGGAGGAGCGAAAUCCAAAGAGACGCGGCCGUGGCUGACGGCAAAAGGGUGGAAGCGGUUAAAGUUCAGGUCCCGCCGCCAGGCCGAAGACCUUCCCCUUCAGGAGAGGCGAGAAUGCACGGCGAGUGGGGCUCUUGGGCGCUGUGUCCCGCGGGCACCGCCGUCAUGGGCAUUAUGACGAAUUUGGAGCAGGGCCACCCCUUCGAGGACGACGCCGGCCUCUGCGACAUCAUCAUGUACUGCAUGUAAAUGUGAGCGGCGGCGCAGCGAGGGGCGCCGCCGGGAGGAAGCGGCGGCGUGGCGUUUCCUUCGGCGUUUUGAAAUAGUUUACUGAUAAGAGAAAUCACUAAAAUAAACUGAACAGAAACAA